AUGCUAACAGCUGAUGUCCACAGCGAAGAUGACAGUGCGGCGGAAGGCCUAAAAGAAAUGGAUAAUAUCACCGCUCUGCAUGGAGAUGGAAGUGCCCAACGACAAAGAGAAGAAGUUGAAAAAGCGUGGGAAUAUUUUGUUGAAGGUUUUGUCGGAUAUAUUUAUAUAUUUUGUUCUGAAACAUGUAAAAACAGGAGUCCACCCAGGUAACUGUCGUUGAUGUCGUCGAUUUUGAAACGUUCGGAGAACAUGAAGAAGAGUUAGAGAGUUAGAAGAAGGGCAUCAAAUAGCCUGCCGAUGAAACGAUCGAGACAAUUACAGAUGUGCAGUAAGAGUUGAUGAAUAAUAAAGAAAACCACUGGCAGGAGAAGACAGGAUCGAUAUUUGUACAUUUGGUCGAAGUGACAAAUUCUAACCAAAGCUCAAGUGGAAGCACGUUCGAUGACGCCGAAGUUAUUCUGGUGGACAAAGAAUGGCGAUCGACGAAGACUUAUAGAAAUUUCAAAGCUAAAUUCUACAAGGUGACGAUUAUAAGUAAAUCUUAGCAAAGUGAGUGUAGAAAAAAAGCAAAAAAUAAAAUCAGAUUGGAUAUCAAAGGAUGAAUUUUGCCGCUGUAGGCUGAGUGUUCCAGACGAAACUACAAGAUGUCUGGGCAUCGAAUGCUCUAUGUGGGUUCCCAGAUAAAACAAAUUGAAGAGGAAAAACUGUUGCAGAGACAUAGCUAAGCGCAGUACCUACUCAGACAGGAAGAAAGUCAUACUGGCAGGCGUCUUACCGCAACUACGUGCGGUGCUGGAGAAGGAACUGCCGCAAAUCCUCCAACACCGGCGCUACCACCAUGAGAAUGCACGUUCAACUGAAACGGGUUAUGAGUUCUCGGAAUCGUUUGCGGUAGAUUAAAAAAACACCGAAAAGGGUCACAAACUAUUUUUUAGAAGAACUGCGAGACAAACCGAGAAUUUGCCGCCAACAUCAUACGUCUGAGCGCCAUCAUCACCGCAGAUGGUUUCAGAUAUGAUGGCAAAGGCGUAAAGAGAGCCCAAGUCUGGCCGAUGACGUUGGCUUUACUAGACAUAACGGCUGCGAAAAGGUUCUCACUCAAAAACAUUCUGACUGUAGGCUUAUUUCGCGGAAACGAGAAACCCACUCUUGAAGGUGAGUAGUGGAUGAUAGAAAAAAAAGUAGAUAAUUAAGAAUGGAACGCUCUGAGCGGCAUAUCUUAACGAAUGUCGUAAGUUCGAUAACGGUGGAAUGCAAGGGAACGGUUUACCAAGUUUACCUGAAAGUAACACACGGUGUAAUGGAUUUUGAGGUCUGAUUUGGAGAAAACAGGAGGAAAAAAAAUGUUUGGCUGCAAUUUAUGAGAAGCUAACGCGAGGGGAGUAAUCUUGAACUUUAGGCCAUGCGAGCUGCUUUCCGUGUAAGAUUAUACGAAUCAGGUCUCUGCAUUUGGUGCGAUGUUGUUGGUGAAAGAUUGAACGGAGCAGCGAGAUACCCUUGUGCUAAGGGUUGUACAAAAACCGCCGACUAUCACGAUUUUAGCAGCAUCAACGCAGUAAACGAGUACAAAGGUGUUGAAGAGAUGGAAAAAAGAAAUAAGCUGAAAAUAAUUCAGAGUACGCGUUAUUUGCAGCUGUUGUGAACGCCUCGGGUUCAAUUGUAGAUAUGCUUCACGUCGUGUGCGAGGGAUUUCUAGAAAGCAUAUACAGAGGUUGAGUGUGUUCAAAACAUCUUUUAGUUGCGGUGAGACUGAUAUGGAAAAUAUCCUUCUAAUUGAGAAACGAAAUAUCAGAGUGAUAAAUAAAACCUUAGAGAAAUCCAAGCUGCGAAAAAAAAAAACGGAAAAAUUUUUUUUUAGCAUUAAGUUGUGAAAGAGUUAAGAAUUGGAAACAGAUUUGGCGGCCACCAACAAGCUGCGUCCAAAGCUUCGCGUUCAAAAUGGUAUUCUUGAGGAAGUCGAAAAAAUAGGGUUUGUUUAGCUUGUACGAACGAUACAGAAAACGUUUUUUUUUCUACAGAGGACGAGUGAAACUGCCGACCUAUUGUAGCGCUAGACUCAUUUCACUCACAGCAGUUGCAAACUGCUCGGCAAAAGAAUUGUUGAUGGUAAGAAUAAGUAAUUUGUGAAGAAAGAAAGUAAUAGGCAGAUGAAAAAAUUUUUUGAGGCUUCGCAUCUAAUUCUGCCGAUACUGUGCUUCGAAAUGUACAUAAAUGAUGGCUUGACGGCGUCCUACACGUUGGCUCUCAGUUGCUUGAUUCGGGCCCUCUAUAUGGAUGGACUAAAGAAGGAUGAUUUGAAUGACAUCGCCUACGCACUAGAAGCUCUUGGUUCUCUAUGGGACGAGGUUUACUCGAAAGGGACAACAACCAUAAAGACGCACGUGAGUUUGGAUGUGCUCAAACUCAUUUUGAAAGAAGCAGUCUUUCUUUGCGCACCUCCCAGAGCAGUUGCGCAAAUAUGGUAAUGUUGUGGACUUGGACACGAGCGGCUUCGAACAUUCGUACAUGGAGUACAAGCACCUACUCAACCCGCAUGUUACGACAAAUUUUGAUUUGUACGCUUUGCAAAGGUAUUGAUGAACGACAAGCUUGAUAAGCAUCAAGUGUUUCAAGCAUUAUCUUCAAUAUCCGUCCAAAAUGUACAUGCUAGUUGUUUACUUAGUUUAUUUCUUUUUGGAUGGUUUUGAAAAAAUGUUCAACUAAAAAGCAACUUACAAAUCUGCUGUAUAUGGUAUUUACUGGCGCACAACUGAAGUGUCAGCGAAGGGUGCAACUGAGUAUCCCGCCUAAAAUUUUAGAAACCUCAAUCAAUGAAGUGAAGGUCUAUGAACCCCGAAGGCUCUCUGACGGGUCAAACGUUUAGAUCUUCUAGAAGAAAUACACUGCUCCACAUAAUUAUAUAUCCACUUGAAAUUUUUGGGAAAAUGACUGCUGCGUGGACUUUGUGUUUAUUCUUUUUUCCGAAUAUAUGUUCAACUUUUCAGAGAUCCCUUGCUAUUAGUAUUCCUUUUUUCAAAGAAAGGAUGAGAAAAUGAUAAAUGAUAGAAUAAACUAAAAAAUGUUUAAAAGUUUGAAGUCAGAAGAGUAUAUAAUCGGGGGAAAAUUUAAAACCUUUUUUGUUCAAUCAAACCGUUGAUAGCUAUAUUAAUCUGAUCGAAAUUCCCAUCUUUUGACAACAAAAAGAUUUUCGGAAACUCUCAAAAUUUUGAAUUUUUCGAAUAAUCUCAAGUGGAUAUAGGGACUGAUACAGACCAUGUCUGUACUAACAAACCACAAAAUUCAAAAUCUUCCUCAAAGCCGAUCAUGAGAAAAAAGAAGAAGUUGUUUGCAUUUUAAUGGAAAUUUGAAAAGGUAUGCACCAAGAAACUUUCAUCCGAAAAAAGAAAGGAACGACCUAAUAUACACUAAUUUUGAGAAUUGUUCUACAACGGCACGCUUACUUCCAACUCGAGAAACGAAUAUCUGAAACUAAAGUUCCGCAGUUUAAAAAGCUCUACACCCAGCAUUGUGCAAACAGGUGAUUCGGAAAAAUUAUGUUCAUAAAUUUUUAAAUAUCUUGAGAGCUCGUGGGUUGCGACCGGAAGACACAGCUGAUCCAUUUGUUCCCGAGCAAAGAGUAAACCCGCCGAACACUACAUCCCCGGCCUACCCGUCCUACGAUGCUUUGUUGAGAUAUGUACCUUUUGGGAACAGCGUCACUUUGUAG